AUGGAUUUCAAUGAACAAGAACGCAAUGGGGCUACGGAAGCACUCCCUCCUCCGCCUCCUGUUCCUCCAAAUGUUACUCCCAUAAAAGUUGAUUCUGAACCGGAAGCGAAAAAGGUCUUGCGGGUCCCGAUGGCCCGGCGUGGUUUUGGGACCAAGGGAAACAAGGUUCCCAUCCUCACCAAUCACUUCAGGGUGAACGUGAACAAGGUCGAUGGGCAUUUCUACCAUUACAGUGUGGCUCUUUCCUAUGAAGAUGGCCGCCCGGUUGACGCCAAAGGUGUAGGUAGGAAAGUUCUUGACCGUGUCCAUGAGACUUACGACACAGAAUUGGAUGGAAAACAUUUUGCCUAUGAUGGUGAGAAAAGCUUAUUCACUGUGGGCCCGCUACCUCGGAACAAGCUUGAGUUUACCAUUGUGCUUGACAGUGUUUCGUCUAGUAGGAAUAAUGGAAAUUCCAGCCCUGGAGGACACGAAGGCUCUAAUGAGAGUGACAAGAAAAGGAUAAGGCGCCCUUACCAAUCAAAAACAUUCAAAGUGGAGAUCAGUUAUGCAGCUAAGAUUCCGAUACAGGCCAUUACAAAUGCUAUGCGAGGCCAGGAAUCUGAAAAUUCACAGGAGGCUAUACGGGUCCUGGAUAUUAUUUUGAGGCAGCAUGCUGCAAAGCAGGGUUGUUUGCUUGUUCGUCAAUCUUUUUUUCACAAUGACCCCAAGAACUUUGCUGAUGUUGGAGGUGGUGUUCUUGGCUGCCGAGGUUUUCAUUCAAGCUUCAGGACGACCCACAGUGGCUUAUCCUUGAACAUUGAUGUAUCCACUACUAUGAUUAUCCAGCCUGGGCCUGUAGCUGAUUUUCUGGUUGCUAAUCAGAAUGUGAAAGAUCCCUUCUCCGUUGACUGGGCAAAGGCCAAACGCACCCUGAAGAAUUUGAGGGUGAAGACUAGUCCUACCAACCAGGAGCACAAAAUCACUGGAUUAAGUGAGAAAAGUUGCAGAGAACAGACGUUCACGCUGAAGUCGAAGAACAAGGACGAGGAAGGUGAAGAAGUGACUGUCUAUGACUACUUUGUCAAACAACGCAACAUUAAUUUGCGGUAUUCUGCUGAUUUGCCGUGCAUUAAUGUUGGGAAACCGAAACGACCAACGUACUUCCCAGUCGAGUUGUGCUCUUUGGUGUCUUUACAACGUUACACAAAAGCUAUCUCAACCUUCCAAAGAGCAUCACUCGUGGAGAAAUCACGUCAAAAACCGCAAGAGAGGAUGGCAGUUCUGAGUAAUGCUUUGAAAAUCAAUAAUUACGAUGCCGAGCCUAUGCUACGAUCUUGUGGCGUGUCCAUUAACAACAGCUUCACCCAGGUUGAAGGGCGUAUCCUGCCAACACCAAAGCUUAAAGUUGGUAAUGGUGAAGAUCUGUUUGCUCGGAACGGAAGGUGGAACUUCAACAAUAAGAAACUUGUUGAUGCAAGUAAGAUUGAGAAAUGGGCUGUUGUAAACUUCUCGGCUCGAUGUGAUGUUCGUAACCUGGUCAAUGAGUUGAUGAAAGUUGGUCAAAUGAAAGGAGUUAGUGUUGAAGCUCCAUUCGACGUUUUCGAGGAGAAUCCUCAGUUCAGACGGGCUCCGCCCACUGUUAGGGUGGAGAAGAUGUUUGAGGAAAUACAAUCAAAACUUCCCGGUCCACCAAAGUUCCUUCUGUGCUUGCUCCCAGAGCGGAAAAACUGCGAUGUUUACGGUCCCUGGAAGAGGAAGAACUUGUCUGAUUUUGGAGUCGUUACCCAAUGCCUGUCCCCUGGACGUGUAAAUGACCAGUAUUUGACCAAUCUCUUGCUGAAGAUCAAUGCCAAGCUUGGAGGUCUGAACUCCAUGCUGGCUGCUGAGUUGUCGCCAUCGAUUCCUGUGAUAUCGAAGUCUCCCACUUUAAUUUUGGGGAUGGAUGUGUCUCAUGGCUCGCCUGCACAGUCUGAUAUUCCGUCUAUCGCUGCAGUUGUUAGCUCGAGGCAGUGGCCCUCGAUUUCUCGCUACCGAGCUUGUGUCCGUACUCAGUCCCCGAAAGUUGAAAUGAUCGACUCGCUUUACAAGCGUGUGUCGGACACUGAGGAUGAUGGCAUUAUUAGGGAACUUCUGAUUGAUUUUUACACUAGUUCGCAGAAAAGAAAGCCUGACCAAAUUAUAAUCUUCAGAGACGGUGUUAGUGAGUCCCAGUUCAAUCAAGUGCUGAACAUCGAACUAAACCAGAUCAUUGAGGCCUGCAAAUUCCUUGACGAGAAAUGGUCACCCAAGUUUGUGGUCAUCAUUGCUCAGAAGAAUCACCACACGAAAUUUUUUCAGCCAAAUGCUCCUGAAAUGUGCAGCCAGGUGAUCACAACUUGUUUCCUCAGAACAAUAAUUGAUAACAAGGUUUGUCAUCCCAAGAACAAUGACUUCUACUUGUGUGCACAUGCUGGGAUGAUUGGGACCACAAGACCCACCCAUUAUCAUGUCCUGCUAGAUGAGAUUGGUUUUGCCGCAGAUGAUCUUCAGGAACUUGUGCAUUCCUUGUCGUAUGUGUACCAGCGUAGCACCACUGCUAUUUCAGUUGUUGCCCCCAUUUGCUACGCCCACCUGGCGGCCACCCAGCUAGGACAGUGGAUGAAAUUCGAAGAGAAAUCCGAGACAUCUUCGAGCCAUAAUGGGUCUGUGCCGGCUGUGGUCCCCAUGCCCACUCUCAAGGAGAGUGUCCGCAACUCCAUGUUUUUCUGCUAG